AUGCCAUCCAUCUUUAGCUGCUUUAAAGAUGGCUUUAAUUGUCGCAAGAAGAAAAAAGACAAAGUCAGCUCAUCCACCAAGGAAACAACAGCAAACGCCACCGGUAAAGAUGCCAAUGGAGGAAAAAUUGACGAGCACAAUGGAUCAAUAAAAACAACUGACAUAACAUUUACUGCUAAAUCAGGCAAUGACUUAAAUGCCGCUAAUAAAACCAGUCCACACGCAAGCCCAAAACUAAACGGACAUGCUAAAAAUAGAGAUGACACUGCCAAUCAGGCAGUUACUGACCCUUCAGAUGCAACCAAAUCAUCUGAUACACCCGAAGAGCCUGAUGUUAAAACCUCCAUUCCUGGUGGUUUUAAAGUUGACCAAGAGUUUUUGAAAAAGUUUUUUGAAUAUAACAAGUCUGGUAUGACUGAACUUCAGUUGUUUAACAAGUUGCUGGACGAUUUUUCUGGAAAAGGUUUAAUCAGCAUCACUCAAAUAGUUGUUGGCCCUGGGCAUCAACCUGAACAUCGGACAACUAUUGAGUUAAUGCCACCAGAAAGAGCAUCUUUUGUGGGAAACUCAUCGCGCAAAAUUGACUCUAAAAAUAAAGCUGCAAAAGAACUGGUCGACUGGCUGAAAACACAAGAUGUAAUUGUGGAAGCAUCUACUAAAAAAUUACCUGGAGCAAAUGACAAAAAUCAAGGAAAACUUGUUGAGGAUAUUAAAAUAACUGACAUCUACACUGCAUACAAGUCAAUUUCUGCCGACUCAACUUCAUCUAAAACAGAACUACUUGAUAAACUUUUAGAGAUUGGAAAGGAGUAUCUCCGGCUAGAAACUAUCAAGAAACCAAACGGAUCAAGAGUGGUGCUAAUAAAUGAAAAUCACACUUUUGUGGCAUCGGAUGGAAUGAGCUCCAAACCAAAGGAGUUGAUCGCUAAAAUGCUAUUUCCACUGCUAGCUCAAGGCAAACAGCAAAACGCAAAAAACACUACUAGUAGUGUCGAUAAACUGGUCAAACUGUACAAAGCAGCAUCCCAUCCACCGAAGGAGCCAGCUAACCUGAUUCAAGCACUGAAAGACAAAUCACCGCAGGACAUCAAAAUUCUGGUGCACACCUCUGGCCCAUCGCAUGAACCAAUACACUACACCGAGGUGGUGCUCGUUGCGCCUGACAUUCGCUUUAAGGCCGCCGCCAAAAACAAGUCUGAAUCAAAGAACCUCGCCACCAAGGAGGCGGUCAACUACCUGGAAGCCAUCAGUCUGGUGAAGCAGCCACUGGCCAGUGUGAAGACGCAGAAGUCCUUUAAGGGCGCCGAUUCCGCUACUUCUGCUUCUGCCGCCGCCUCUGCCGCCAACAGGCGAAAGUCCACCGACGGCGAAAGUGGGCUCAUCAGCCCGAAGACGGCGCAGUCGAUUGUGGAUGCCGUGCAGAAGCGGUGGAAGGAGGUGGCCGCCAGCCUGUCGGCGGACAUUGUCGACUACGAGAGUCUGGCCGCCUUUGUCGCUGUCUCCUCGCGGGACCACAGCGCCCAGGUGCUGAGCAUUGGCACGAAUGGCAGCUGGGCACUGGCGGAGACGACAGCCACCACCGGGAAGGUGGUGCACGACUCACAUGCGGUGGUCAUCGCCCGCCGGGCGCUCCUUUGCCUGCUCUAUGAAAACUUGCUGAAGCUACUGGAGAACCAGAACCGCGACAAGCCGGAGUUUGUUCUGCAAAAGUCCGGCAAAGCCUACCGCCUGAAGACGCACCUGAAGUUGUACCUGUACAGCAGCACGACGCCCGUCGGCUCGGCGACGCUGGUGGAGAAGGGGGAAGACUCGGAUAAGCUGCACGCAAAACUCCUUGCCAGCGAUGCCAAGUUUGAAGUGGUGCCCGUCAGCCACAAAGCUGUGGCUGAAUCAGGAACCAAGGCCAAGUGCAUGAGCAUCAGCGACAAGAUUGCCCAGUGGAAUGUGGUCGGAGUGCAGGGCUCACUGCUCAGUGCCUUCGUUGAGCCCAUCUACAUUGACGGUCUGGUCCUCACCGAUGACUGCCAGGUGGAGGCAGUUAAGCGGGCUCUCUAUGAGCGAAUUGACGAAAAGGCAAUUGAGUCAAAACUUUCAUCCACUGCGUUUCACCUAAACCGUCAUCCAGUUGGCCUGUACAAGCCGUCAAACAAUCAUGAACAGCUAAACGGAAAAUUGUCCUCUUCCACUUCUACUUCUUGCAACUUCAUCUCACACAACUGGUACAACUCGCUGACCAAUCGCGGCCGCCGCAUUGAAGUACUCAAUUCUCAGCAGGGCACAGUGUACGACACUAAUCGAGACUCCUCUCGCCUGUGCAAACUUAAGCUGGCCAAGCGGUACCAACAGUUGAGCACUGGCUCAGGUGUGCAGGGCAACCGGAAGCUGUCUGCCGUUCUCAUUCCACCCAAUGAGCCAGUGCCCGCAACGGCUGCGACUGCAGCUGAAGCGGGCACCUAUCGGGCGCUGAAGAACAAAUCGACGCAUUUCAACAAGGCCAAGGCAGCUCUAAUUGACUUGCUGGCAGAGUCAGGCCUGGGCAACUGGAACAAAUUAGCCAAUCAAGUAGACCUGUUUCAUAUUGACUAG